AUGUCUUCCCUCGCUCUUUUCCACGGCCCAUUCUCCUACCACCGGGCUCCUCCCUCGUCGCCGACCGGCACCUCUCCACGGCCGACGCGACUGCCGGCGCAUUCUUCUCCUUCCCACCCCAAUUCGCGCCCCCUCCCUGACGCGCAAGCCGAUGAGCUCCGGUCCCACGCAGCGGCGCUGCAGGAAUGCGCCGUCCGCCGAGCGCUCCGCUGCGGACAGGAGCUCCACGCGCGGCUGCUCCGUUCCGCGCGGCAGCCGGACACGUUUCUCCUCGACUCGCUCCUCAACAUGUACUGCAAGUGUGGCCGCCUGGCGGACGCACGAAGGGUGUUCGACGGAAUGCCACACAGGGACGUUGGUCAAGUGGUUAAGUUGCAAGGUCUGGAUGACCCCUACGUUGGUUCGUCCCUUGUUCAAGCUUACACGAGCCGUGGGGAAGUGGACGCUGCUGAGACAGUGCUGCUGGGCUUGCCUGAACGAAGCGACGUGUCAUGGAAUGCUCUGCUCACCGAGUAUGCUCGGCAGGGCGACUACAGAAAGGCCAUGCGUGUUUUCCAUAACUUGUCGGAAUUUGGUGAUGAGAUAAGCAAGUAUACUUUGCCUACCCUUCUCAAGUGUUGUGUGGAACUCGGUCUUCCAAAAUCUGGCCAGGCUCUUCAUGCUUUGGUGGUCAAGAGAGGGCUGGAAACCGAUAACGUGCUGAACAAUUGCCUUGUUGAGAUGUACUCCAGAUGUCUAUCUGCUGAAGAGGCCUAUCAAGUCUUUAUCAGGAUAGACGAACCUGAUGUGGUGCAUUGCAGUGCCAUGAUCUCUUCUUUCGGUCGACAUGGUAUGGCCUGGGAAGCAUUUGAUCUUUUCGUAAAGAUGUCAGACAUGGGAGUCAACCCAAACCAAUAUACAUUCGUGGGCAUUGCUGGUGUUGCAUCAAAGACUGGUGAUGCAAACCUUUGUCGCUGUGUUCAUGCGUGUGUUGUGAAAAGUGGGCUGGCUAUGCCAAAAUUAGUGGCUGAUGCCAUUCUAAAUAUGUAUGUGAAAGUUGGUGCUGCUCAAGAUGCAACAGUUGCUUUUCAUCUUAUGCAUGAGCCUGACACAUUUUCGUGGAACACAUUUCUCUCCGGAUUUUAUAGUGGAAGCAACUGUGAGCAGGGUUUGAGGAUUUUCAAGCAGAUGAAGUGCGAAGGCUUUUCAGCCAACAAAUAUACUUAUGUAGGUGUUUUGAGAUGCUGCACUAGCUUGAGGAACCUGAUGUAUGGCACUCAGAUUCAUGCAUGUGUUCUGAAAAGUGGGUUGCAAAACGAUAAUGAUGUUUCAAGAAUGCUACUUGACAUGUAUGCGCAAUCUGGCUGCUUUACAAGUGCGUGCCUGGUAUUUGAUCGACUGGAAGAAAGAGAUGCUUUCUCGUGGACAGUGAUUAUGUCAGGAUAUGCUAAAACGGAUGAAGCUGAGAAGGUGAUGGGAUGUUUCCGUUCAAUGUUGCAAGAAAACAAAAGGCCUAAUGAUGCCACACUAGCAGUUUCAUUGAGUGUUUCCUCUGAUGUGGCAUCCUUAGGCAGUGGGCUCCAACUUCAUUCAUGGGCCAUCAAGUCUGGCUGGAACAGCUCAGUUGUCUCUGGUGCUCUAGUUGACAUGUAUGUGAAGUGCGGGAACAUAACGGAUGCUGAGAUUCUAUUCUAUGAGUCAGAAACAUGUGAUCAAGUUGCAUGGAAUACACUCAUCUGUGGUUAUUCUCAACAUGGUCAUGGGUACAAGGCACUGGACACGUUCAGACAGAUGGUAGAUGAUGGGAAAAGGCCUGAUGAUAUCACAUUUGUAGGUGUUCUCUCAGCGUGUAGCCAUGCAGGAUUACUUGACGAGGGAAGGAAGUACUUUCAAUUGCUGAGUAGUGUCUAUGGAAUUACUCCUACGAUGGAGCACUAUGCUUGCAUGAUUAAUAUUCUGUCCAAGGCUGGAAGACUAGCUGAGGCUGAAUCUCUUAUCAAUCAGAUGCCAUUGAUCCCGGAUUCAUCCAUAUGGAGGACGAUUUUGGGAGCUUGCAGGAUACAUGGAAAUAUCGAGAUUGCUGAGAGAGCUGCAGAAAGAUUGUUUGAGUUAGAUCCACAGGAUGUUUCUUCUUCUGUAUUGUUAUCAAACAUUUAUGCAGAUUUAGGAAGGUGGAGUGAUGUUACAAGACUUAGGAAUAUGCUACUAGAUCAUGGAGUAAAAAAAGAACCAGGGUGUAGCUGGAUUGAAGUCAAUGGCCAGAUUCAUGUAUUCCUGUCGCAAGAUGGAUGUCCAGAAUAUUAA